UCAAACGAAAUCGGUUGGUUCAAUUAGUAUUCUAUUUUGGUUUGAAUUGUUCAAGCAACUAGCUAGGCUAAGUAUUGGCUAAAAACCUCACCACUAGUUUUGCAAAUAGAAUGUACAGAAAUAGAAACCUGUAGGUAGACAAUAAGCCGCCAGCUAACAGAAAUCCAUCCAAUCCAAUCAUACUUCUCAACUACUUCUGCUUCCUCACUGUCCGUACUUACUACUACUAAACUUAACCAGCCAAUCACGUGACUCUCUCUUUCUCAUGAGCAAUUGCUGUCUUCUAAUCAUGCAAAAAACAUAUAUAAACAGACUUCUGUACUCCCCAACUCUAUUUUCCCCCACACAAACCAGAAACAGAGCCAAAAUCAAUGGUGGGUUCAUCAGCUAGAAGUGAGAGUGAGAAGGAGAAAACAAAGCUUAGAGAAAGACAGAGAAGAGCCAUUACCACCAAGAUCUUCCAUGGACUUAGGAGACUAGGGGGCUACCAUCUUUCUCCUCGAGCCGACAUCAAUGAAGUCCUUCGUGAGCUCGCUAAGGAGUCCGGCUGGGUUGUUGAACCCGAUGGCACCACCUACCGCUAUAAGGUUAUUAGUCGUUGUCCGACUUGUGGAGCUAUGCCGAGUAAUAUAAGCGCCACUACAACACCCACUGCUAGUAGCACUGUCAUUGCUGGUGGCGGAGCAGGAGCGGGAACAGGAGCUGGUGGAGAGUGUUCAACCACUACAUCAGCUUGCUGCAUUGAUCCCACCACCGUGAUGAUUAACACCAACAGCAAAGGCGAACUUACCGCCAACAACGGCACUUCACCCACUUACAUAUGUAGUGAUGACUCGGGGGGUUGCGGUGGUGAAAUGCCUCUUGCAUUCUACACAUACGGAGGGGUUGUUGGAAAUGUCUCCGGUACCUAUCCACCCAAUAUGACAGCCUCAGGAGUUGGAAGUGGAAUGGAGCGAAUGAUGGCCGCCACGCUAAACCAUGAACAGCAGCAGCAGUACAUGCUAGAGGCAAGGGCAUCUAACCAGAACACCCCUGUAGGUUCGCCUCUGCGCCGCACCAGCUAAGUGUUUGCAUAGGCUACAUAUAAUAGUAUCAAACAGAGAGAGAUAAAUACUUAUGAAAUGAAUGUCAUAUCAACUUAGAGAAGCUUUAUCUCGCCUUUCGAAUGAAGUUGAACAAAAACCGAAUAGGCCAAUACUACUAUACCUUAUAUAACCCGGUUCUUUCUUUAAAGAUUUUAUAUCUAGCAUUCAAGAA